AUGGAAUUUCCCACAGUGACUGCAUCAAGUUCUUAUGCUAAAACGCAUUGCACUUCUUCGAAACAGGAUUUCUAUUCAGCUUGCCAAACAAACAAGCUUACCGAGACAUCUUUUUCCAUCUCAUGUACAGUUGGCGAUAUAAACGCUAUCAAUAUCGUUGCGGCAAAAACAUUUGAAAUGAACGACGAUGAGGAAGAAGAAGAAUUUGUAAAAUAUGGAGCUGUAGACGAGUUCUACGACUUGAAAGAAGAAAUAGGGAAGUAAGUUACGAUUCAGUUGACUUUUAUGUAACAUCUAUCAACUGUGAUCCUUGAUAUUGUGAUAUAUAUUAUUAUUGCUAAUCCUAAUAACUUUCUUUAGGAUAAAAGCGGGAAUCAAAAGUUAACUUUUGAAUCGUUCUUUCGGCCAACUCUCUAAUGUAGACAUUACUAAAAACUGUACUACAACCAUAUCAAAAACAGACACUUUCUCAGGUCUGUAAAGCGGACACUUUGGUGCUGUCUCCGCCGGAUUUCGCGUGACUGUAAUUGAGGAGAAACAACUGAAAAAUGUAAUUGUAAAAAUAGAACAUAGAUCAAGAGAAUAUCGGGGGUACCCCCAUACUACGGAGUUCCGAGAGUAUAAAAGGCUCUGAGUAGCUUACAACCGUUCUUCUUUUGCGGUUAAACUUUAAUUAAAGGUUGGAGAAAUUUAUAUUCACGUACAGUAUGAUUUGCGUUUAUUACCCGGGGGAAUCUUACAUGAAAUAGACGGGGAUGUUUGUCUCCCUUAGGGUGGUAAGGAAAAAAGGGGACUUUAUUUCCCAAGUAAAUAUAGCUUAAGGUAACGAAAUGUAACUUUACGAAAACGGAAUGUCUUCAUACGUUGUUGAAGGCAGCAUUCGAUUUCAACAUGUUUCGCGAAAUUUAAAUUCCUACAGUCCUUUAUUAGUUCCGGGAAGUAGUCGCCUGUUUUGGUACAGUCUCUUUUACUUUUGGGGGACGCAUAUUAAAAGCCUGAGUCCUACCCUUACAUUGGUUUCGCAGCUUCCUUCAAUUUGACGGCGCUUGGUUCUAUUCUUAGAGAUAUAUUUUUAGCAUAACUUUAAGUGAUACCUGUAUUGGAAUGUGUAAUGAUUUGACUCUGCUGAACAACCAAAAGCUGUAGUUUCUACCCCUAAGGGACAGGACGAUCACCCGCGCAACUUUCAUAUGGGAAUCCCCCGGGUGUUACUACAGAACUGAGACCGGAUACCAUAAAAACGAAGACCCAAGCGACAGUUAGAUUGUAUCUUCGUUCUAGGAACAUUGUAACAAAUUUUAUCUUAAAAAUGCUAAUUACAGCGUAAACUAGUUCACGUCACUUGAAUUUUAGACAUAAUUGAAAUUUGUUUUCAUAUUUGUAAAUCAUCCAAAUGUCUGUCAACAAAACACCUGAAAUUGUGCGAUAAGCUUUCAUAUCCUGAAUUUAGAAUUUAUUUAUACGAAAUAACGCCCAUAUUGAUCAGAUGAUCUUUAAUUAUGCUGUUGUGCCCAGAAAAUGUAUCAAAUGUUUACGUGGCGUAGUCAUUUGGCACCACAAGUUUACUUACGGUCCAUCCCACGCCCCUAGUGAUCCGGUUCAGUGGAAAGACAGUUUCGGGUAUCAAUGAAAGUUUAUCAUCUUAUAUGAUCUUAUAAUCCUCGAAAGAGUAUUAUAAGAUUAUAGCGUACGACCCUUACUCUCUUUCACUCGGCAUUUGGUUAGCAGCAGUAUGCAAAGUUAUUUCAACAAAAAAACGUUCAAUCUCCCACCAACAUGACGGCAGGUUUCAUUUUCUUGGGGCCUUAUUAUGGCGAAUUUGACCCGUUAAACCGCCGUAGUUAAAGAGACCUAAGUUAUAAAUAAAGAAUUUAGUUAAUUAACUUAUAAAUUUCGGUGUCUGUGCUUCGCCACUUCUCUUUAAAUUAAGUAACAACGGCAAAAUAUGGGCCACUAGCGAAAGAGUCGAAAUCGUUACAAUGUUAUAUAAAGGUUGAUAAAUUCCAAUAAGAUAAGCGCUUUAUUGAAAAAGGAUUCUACAGUAAGUUGUUUACGAAAAUACAUUUUUUUCCUUAGAGGUGCUUAUGGAAUAGUUAAAAAGUGUAUGCACAAAGAAAAAAGAAAUGUUUACGCAGCAAAAAUCAUCAAGACUUCCAGCCACACUAUUAGGAAGACUGUUCUGCGGGAGAUUGAAGUCAUGAGGGCGCUGGGACCACAUAAUAAACUUGUGGAACUACUGGAUGCGUAUCAGACACCUUUUGAAAUUGUAAUGGUUUUGGAAUUGUAAGUGUGCUUAAUUGUAUUACAGUAUGUCUUGCCUUGCGUUUGUUUAUAAAUAAGUUGGGAGUGAGAGCGUUACUCAAAUCUGAACAGGGCAAAUGGUAAGAAAAAUUCAGGACUUCGAAUACAGUUCAUCCCGGAAUCGCGUUUACCAUUUGUGAAUUCCAUUUACGAAAGACGGCCGCGAAUGCCUGAAACUGAUACCAAAAAUAGCUUUGAACAAAUAGGACUCACUGGCCUUUUCAGAUGUAUACUCGCGCCCGAAAAUUCAUGUUCCAUUUGAAUCCGAACCGGAAUUUCCGGAAUUUGUUCUGUGGUAAGAGCUCAUUGUGUAGCUUUAAGAAAGUUUAGUAUCUUUCAGUUAAUUCAGUUUCCGGCAUUCUCGAUCAUUGGAGAAUCCAUAGGGUAACGUCUACGGCAAACGUGAGAUUCAGAUUGACAAUUGCUCGAAUUAGGAAAUGAGGAGAUGAAAACAGGCCAAAAUAUUCCUUAUGAAUGAAACAACAAUUUUGUGUAGGUAUAAAGACAAGCAAACAAAAAGUAAAAGAAAAAGUUGGUCAAGUGGCACAAACAGAGAGGUUGCCUUAAACGUGAUUUCAUAGUCAGUAGAGGACAUUUGUUAUGAAAAGCAGAGAACAUUAAAGAAAGAAAAAAACGGUGCUCAAGGUUUUGUUAGAAGAAACAAAAGUUUUUGUUAGAAGCUCUCUGACAGGCACAAUCCUUUGUAUUUUGCUUAAAAAUUGGGAGCACAUGUUUUACCUUUCUGGGAAACUGCCCACCUACCCCUCCCCUAAGCCGACAUUAACACAUACUUCUCACUUACGGCAAAAUGUCGGCUUAGGGGAGGGGUAGUUGGGCAGUUUCCAAGAAAGGUAAAAUGAUCCAAAAAUUGUGACGGAAUGAAUAAAUGCGGCGUUUUUAUUGGGCAAUAAGAUCUAAAUGAUAGAAGUGCCAUUGAACGUUGUGCACCACGAAAUUCCACGAAAACAUAAAACCACCAAAGGAGUCAAACGGGCUUCAUAACCGUGGUGAUUCUAAAUCUCUCUGUUGUUUCCGUACAGUGUCCCAGGUGGUGAAUUAUUUGAACGAAUUGUUGCUGAAGAAUACUUGAUGGAAGACGAUGCCGUAGAUUACGUCAGACAAAUCCUUGAAGCUUUACGAUUCAUGCACGAGAGGAAUGUAGUUCAUUUAGAUCUUAAGGUGGGUGGAAGAGAUUUUCUUUCCCACUGAGCAACUGUGGUUCCCUUUUCGCUGGCGAUGAACUUACUCUCGCUUUUUUCCUGCUAUAUCUCGAAUCUUAGGCUCCAUCCACACCUAUCCCGACAUUUUGAAUUCGAUGAGGUCAAACAUACAUACUACUAGCAUGCGCAUGCUCUGUAAGGGAUGCUAUCGUAUUUCCAUCGUUCUAGCGGACGGGCGAAAACUGUUCAAAUACGCCACGUGUGGACACAUUUUUUUGAAAACGGAAUAAAAAAUCUCCGUUUUUCAAACAAUAUCUGGAUACACGUGGACACCCUAGCCCUGACGGGUUAGCAUUAGAAACUUGCUUUUAGGGUCAACGUACUGAGCUGGUUUGGCUAAUGAGUACUGGAGUCAAACCACUGUUGAAAAACGCUACGUAAACACGCAACUUUGCUUUUGCAUAAAAAAGUAGGUCGCCACGCCGCCAUUUGGCAUCUAUUCAAAGCCAUUAUUACUCUGUCGUACAAGUGGAAAAUUGAAUUCAUUGUCUUGUUCCUUGUCAGCCAGAAAACAUUUUAUGCGUCAGUAUGGACUCCAACGACAUAAAGCUUGUGGACUUUGGACUCGCCAGGAAUCUUACUACUGAGGAUGACAUUAAAUCUUCUUUUGGCACCCCAGAUUUUGUAGGUAAGAAGGUUUUUAGCUAGAAUAUAGGUAUCACCUCACUGAUAACUAUCUAACUGUUGUAAAUAACUACAUAAAAUUACUGUAGAACCCCGAUAACUCGAACUCGGAUAACUCGAGCUGCCGCUAACUCGAACUAAAAUCAAUUUCCCUUGGAUUUCACCCCAUUUUCCACUGAGAAAUUUUUACUCUGUUAACUCGAAUUAGGAGAACUCGAAUUCCCCGCUAACUCGAAAUAAAUUUCUUUUCACUGAGAUUUACCCUGAUAACUCGAACUCUGGCUCGGAUGCCAUUCCAUUAUCCCUUCUUGUUGUAUAAGGGUAAAAACAAUAAAAGUAAAACCGCACCGUAAUUUUUAGGGAGUUAUUAUAACUCCAAAAAUGGAGUAAACAUUUUAGGUACAGGAUAACGCCUUUUUUGGGGUUAUUUUAACUCCUAAUUUAACUCCGAAUUUGGGGUCAUUUUUACUCCUGAAAAAGAGUUCUUUUUACUCCCAGUCUGGAGUUAAAAUUACUCCGAAAUGGGGUUACUUGUACUCCUUACAUGGGUUGUUUUUACUCUUUUUGGAGUUAAUUUAACUCUGAAAGUGGAGUAAAAAUUUUAGGUACAGGAUAACUCCUUUUUUGGGGUUAUUUUAACUCCUCAAUAUCUGGGGUCACUUUUACUCCUGAAAAAGAGUUCUUUAAACUCCUUUUUUGGAGUUAAAGUAACUCCACGAAAAAUAACUCCACUGUAAGGAGUUCAAUUAGCCCCACUAGAGGAGUUAUUAUAACUCCCUGAAAAUUACAGUGUGGUCAGUGGUCAACACUACUGACAGCAAUUUGAUUUUAAUUGGACAGGUGCAACGAACAGGUCACCUUUUAUGAUAAAAAAUGCCUACUCAUGUUACCGUUUCUGAGGAAAUAAGUUUAAUUUGCACGGCACUAUUCAUUGGAGCGCUGAACUAUCAGUAACCAUCAAUUUUUCACCUGGCAAACUGAAUUUUGUAUCGACCCUUAUAACUCGAACUCUCGCUAACUCAAACUAUUUUUCGUUUCCCUUACUGAAGAGUUCGAGUUACCGGAGUUCUACUGUAAAUUGCAAUAAUAGACUCUGGUCCGUAUACUUCCUUUUGUGCACUAUGAAUGUACUUGUCACUUUCUAGAUUAUCCGUUGCAGCACCCAUCGUUAGGUAACUAGUUAAGGAAAACCAAAAGCGCUAACGGAUUAUGCUAGAGACGAUCAAGGAAUAAUAUAUCCACGAGCGCAGUCCAUCGAGACAAUGUAGACCAUGACAGCAUUUUAAGUAAUCCCUUUUUGUAUCACUACUUCACUCAAAGUAAACUCAAAGCAAAAUAAUUCGUUUGCAAUCUCCUUCUGUUUGUUAAUUGCGAUAAAACCAUUAGUAGUUUUCUGAAAGUUACUCAACUUUGUGCUUGUAAAUUUCUGUCAUCUUUCUUUAGCUCCUGAAGUUAUUAGAAUGAAACCUGUGUCAACUGCAAGUGACUUAUGGUAAAGCAGUUUUUGUGUUUCCGUUAUCUUUGGAGCUAUUAAUUUCCGGUUUUUUUGUGUUAAUCUUAUCCACGUGGCUCUUAAAUGACACUUUUUUUUUUCCCUUUCUUUUUCCAGGAGCCUAGGCGUCGUCACAUAUGUCUUGUAAGUAGUAUAAUCGAAUUGCUGGUUCAAAUAAAAUAUAUUUUAAAUGUUUUGAUAACUAGAGGUGUGUUAGGAAUGUUGGAUAGUUUUUUAACGUGCCCGUCUUUCUUUUGGAGUCAUGGGAUUGCACACUAUGGGGUUCGGUGUACAAUGCUGCUGUUAACUCCUGUUCGUAUUAAUAGUGGAUUUAAAUUGUGUAUGUCUCAUUGAGUUCAAACCGACGUUUAUCAAACAGCGAUCUAAAACCUUUGGUGCACACUGAUUUUAAUUGCAUGUACCCAUUGAUUCGUAAGACAGCACAAGACUGAAUUCCCCAUCUUCAUUUCGGGAGAAUACUGUUGGGCGAAUUUCCAUGUUAGAAUUGAUUGGGAAAUGUGUUGGUUUUUAUUUCCUGCAGAUUAAGCGGCCUGAUGCCAUUCUCUGGAGACGAUGACCAUCAGACGCUUGUCAAAGUAGCUAAAGCUGACUGGGAUUUUGAUGAUGAGUGUUUUGAUGAUUUAUCUCACGAUGCAAUGGAAUUUAUUGAAGGACUUCUUGUAAAGGAUCCAAGGCAUGUUUUAAUAAAAAUGUCCUGUCCAAAUUCGGGUAUUUUCACUUAUGACUUUAGCACCUUGACCAAACGUGUUCAAUGUGUUUUACCUUUACUACUAGUAAUAGGCAAUCGAAAAGAUUCCCAGCAUUGGUUUUGCUUUUGCUUUCUUUUUUCAAAAGUUUUCUUUCUGGAGCUAUUUAUAUUUCUUGAUGAUGCAUAUUGGAACCUACUGACUACUGCAGAUAGACAAUUUGGCGUAAAGAGGCUGAUCAACUGUGUGUUUCACCUAAUCCUCCUUACAUGGUGUUAUUCAGGAGUAACCUAUUCGUCCGAUUCCCUCGAGCUUUGGACAAUCAGAAUGCGGCAUGAGUGAAGUAGCUUUCGGAAAUAUUGAAGUAUUAUCCACUGUUUCCUUUUCAGCAAGCGGUUAACAAUAGAGGAGUGCUUUAAGCAUCCGUGGAUAAAGGUGUGUAAAAAUCUAUUACAUCCCUCUUCAGUGGAUCCCUAUUUUUAUGUAUUCAUUUAUUUAUUUACUUAUCACGUUUUUUUUACUGACUGGUUGAGAACGAUAGGUUUAGUUUUUCAUGCUUCAGAUGCCAUUGAUUUCUUUCUUUCUUUUUUCUACUAGGAAAACCAUGAAACAGGAACGAAAAUCAACACACAAAAGCAUAAGGCGUUCAUGGCGAAGAGAAGGUGGAAGGUAGGUAGACAUUGCAGUCAAUUGAUCCUGUAGCCUGCGAAUACAGCUGUCUCUCACCAGGAACGUUUCGCGGGAGGGACGUCUGCGCCUUCACGACAGCAAUUCAAAAGUGAUAAUGUAAAGCAAUGUUCACAUAAGUUUAACAUCUGGUAGUCAUGGGGUUCCACUUAGACUCUAAGUUUCUCCUAGUCUAUUAUCUCAAAGUUUUGAAUUCUUUUGCAAAAACGAGCGGCAGCAAAUUAAGCUCAAACACGUCGUCAAAAAGAAGAAUGCAUUCCACGAAUAAUGACUUUAUUGUAGUAGAUUCAUCUCAUUUACAUUUAACCUUUGUAACCUUUUAUCUUUUGUCUGUCGUCCGUAAACAACAGUUUAACAGAUUUUACGUCAUCAGUAUCGAAUUUUUGUCGUAAGCGGAGACUUUCCUCUCUUGAAAAGGCGAAAGUGGCCAAGAACCUGCACGCAGGCUGUUGAUCUUCCUUUUCAUGACAUCUUCGGAGGUCAUCAUUGAAGUUAAAAUAAAAUACAGAGUAGAGUUAGAAAGCUGGUUUACUAACUUAGAACAAACGCCACUGAAUCGUAGCCAACAGUUACCAGCGUCGUACAAACGACUUAUUGACGAGAUCAAGCAAAACUAAUUCCGAGAGAACGACUGGGGAACUGACAAUUUGACAAACAAUAGACGACUGUUUAACUGUGACAAUAGAAGGAUCAAAAUGCGCCAAUUAUUGAUUACUAGUCUUCAUAGCCCAUAACAUCACGGCUUAACUGACAGACGACCAAUAACAUCGCGACGUAAUUGACCAAUCAGAUCAAUAACCAGAGUAUAAUACCAUCAAGUGACGUGAUAGAACUCACUUUGACUCUGAAGAUGACUACCGCACAGGUUGUCGAAACAUUAGCCACUGUCAAAAACAACAGUCCUAUUCAGGACAACGUUCACCCGGACGAUCAAACUCAACCUACUUUAGAGUAGCGUUAGUUAUGGCUUCAUUACUCGAUAAGUUGACCUGAUUUGGCAGUAACUCGAGAUAUUUUUGGUCUUUAUCAUCUUGUAUUGUGCACUCUAAUCGUUAACCCUUAACGUUGUGAUUUCAUUUUCAGAAAUCUGUACAUGCUCUUUUGGCUGUUCGCCGCAUGUCUCUGUCGCCUAUUUCUGCCUCUAAGAGAAGACGUUCAAUGGAUCCAUCCAUAUUAAAAACAACUUCAGAAAGCGAGGAAGAUCAAACUGUGGACAGGAAGGUGUCAGCUCCGCUAGAUCCCUCGACAUUACAUAUCUCGGAGCGUCGACGUGGAGAUACUCACAACUCUUGUUUUGAUCUGAACAUGGCAACUAUACAAGCUUUGCAAGCAAAGGCAGACAAGGCGAUGGGAAAAGACUUGUCACAAAAGGAGGAAAAUAAGCACGAAAAUGAAAGUGAUUCAGAGGAUGAAUAUCAUAAUGAAUACUCGGAUAGAGAUGAUAACUGUACAGAAAAUGCCAAUGAAAAUGAUAUUUCCACAUCCGAGUGCAAUUCAACAAAACAAGUGUUUUCAAAUAACCAGAGACCGAGGGCAAACACGGUUUGCGGAGCCAGUCCAUAUGCCGAGUCUUCUUCUCAGCGCGCGGUGAGAAAAACAUCGCAGAUAUUAAUCAACGUUGGAAAUACUUCAACAAAUGAUUUCAAACCAAUAUCGUUUACUUUCAACACAGAGGAAAUGCAGCGAAAUAUGCGACAAAGUCGUCAAACUACACCCGCAAGAAGUGAGAAUCAAUUGAAUUUAAAUAAUAACCACGAAUUUUCCAGUGAGUUUUCACUGAAACAAGAACAUAAUCACAUUACUGAGCAGCGGAGAUUAAGUUCACAGAUGGAUGAAUCCAUCUUGGAAAACGGCCACCCCGAGGAAAACAAGCUUCCUAAAAUUUGCGUGAAUGAUGAACUUAUUUCCACAAGUCCUUCUCCUGUUUCGGUAAAAUUAAACAACAUUGAGAAACUUGACAGUGAGGGGUUGAUUGGGAGAACAACCUCGCCACAGGCUUCAUCAAGUUUAAACAUUGCUGAUGUCAGUAAAAUAACCGAGAGUGUCCAGUCCAUCACGGUAAAACUGGAUAACUUAAAUGGUGUACAAUUCACACCUGGUAACGUGACAUGUAGCGUGCGUCGGUCUUCCACUGGUUCAGCACCGUGUUGA